AUGGGUAUUAAACAGCUCUUCUCGAUCAUCAAGGAGGAAGCGCCGGAUGCCAUCAAGGAAGGCGAGAUCAAGAAUCAGUUCGGUCGUAAGGUUGCCAUUGAUGCAUCCAUGAGCAUCUACUCCUUCCUGAUUGCGGUGCGAUCCGAUGGCCAACAACUCAUGAACGAGAGCGGUGAGACGACUUCACAUCUCAUGGGAAUGUUCUACAGAACAUUGCGCAUGGUCGACAAUGGCAUCAAGCCCCUCUACGUCUUUGACGGUGCCCCGCCGAAGCUCAAAUCCGGUGAGCUGGCCCGACGUUACAUGCGAAAGCAAGAGGCGAACGAGGGCCUGGAGGAGGCCAAGGAGACUGGUACAGCAGAGGAUGUCGAGAAGUUCUCACGGAGAACCGUCCGAGUCACAAAGGAGCACAACGCUGAGUGCCAAAAGCUGCUGAAGUUGAUGGGUAUACCGUACCUGAUCGCGCCGACUGAGGCCGAGGCGCAAUGUGCUGUUCUGGCCAGAGCUGGCAAGGUCUACGCGGCGGCGAGUGAGGAUAUGGACACCCUCUGCUUCGAUUCACCUAUUCUGCUACGGCAUCUUACCUUCAGCGAGCAGCGCAAAGAACCUAUCCAGGAGAUCUUUCUAGACAAGGUCCUGGCUGGCUUGAACAUGGAGCGCGCACAGUUUGUCGAUCUCUGCAUCCUUCUCGGUUGCGACUACCUCGAUCCUAUCCCCAAAGUCGGCCCCAACACCGCGCUGAAGCUGAUUCGCGAGCACGGCACUCUCGACAAGGUUGUUGAGUUCAUCAAGAACGACAAGAAGGGCAAAUACACAAUCCCAGAUGAUUGGCCGUACGAGGAUGCGCGCGACCUCUUCUUCCAGCCGGACGUCCGUUCUGCCGAGGACCCGCUGUGCGACUUCAAAUGGGACAAGCCCGACACGGAUGGCCUGGUACAAUUCCUCGUGAACGAGAAGGGCUUCUCGGAGGACCGAGUGCGUGCUGGCGCCGCGAGACUAGAGAAGAAUCUCAAGAGCAACCAACAGAGUCGCCUGGAGGGCUUCUUCAAGCCAAUUCCCAAGACAGAGGAGGAGCAGAAGGCACACAAGCGCAAGCUGGAGGAGCAGAACGAGGCUAAGAAGAAGAAGCUCAAGGAGGAUAAGAAGGAGAAAGCCAAAGCUAAGGCCAAGCCUCGCGGUGCAUAG